ACGGAUUUGCUAGGCUGGGCAGGUUACCAUAUGAUGAAUGUUUUAUUAUGGCCAAUGACACUUUGGAAGGUUUUCAUGAAGUAAAUCUAGCUUCACCUACUACUCCAGAUCUUCUGGGAGUGUAUGAAUCAAAGACUUGUGAACAAUCUACCUCACCCACAGUUAUUUACCGGCUUCAUCCCUCAGCUGUUUGUUCAACGCCUGUUCAGCCUAGUGCUCUGAACGUUUCCGAUCUGCCUACACAACCUGUUUAUUCAUCACCCAGGCACCUAAACUGUGCAGAAACACCAGGUAUCAGCAUCAGUGUCACAGAAACUGUACCUUGUUCUACCUCUGGAUCCCAAGGUGGGUCAUCCAAACAUAAUCAUUCCAGAAAGGAAAGCAGUAAUGCAGAGAGAGAAUUUUUGCGGGGUGCAGCAGUAACAGAUUUUGCCGAAGGGAGUGAAGAUGUUCUGGGGCUCAGCACAGACAGUCUUUCUCACCUGCGGAGCCCGUCUGUAUUGGAAGUAAGAGAGAAGGGUUAUGAAAGAUUGAAGGAGGAACUUGCUAAAGCUCAAAGGGAGCUGAAAUUAAAAGAUGAAGAAUGUGAAAGACUUUCCAAAGUGCGUGACCAACUUGGACAGGAAUUGGAAGAACUUACUGCUAGUUUGUUUGAGGAAGCGCAUAAAAUGGUGAGAGAAGCAAACAUAAAGCAGGCCACAGCAGAGAAACAGCUGAAAGAAGCACAAGGAAAAAUUGAUGUCCUUCAAGCUGAAGUAGCAGCACUGAAAACCUUAGUGCUGUCCACUUCCCCAACCUCCCCAACGAAAACACCUGAGGGUGGUGGAAAGGCUCCCUUCAAAAAAGGCCAUACAAGGAACAAGAGUACAAGCAGUGCCAUGGGUCUCAAUAAUCAGGACCUCACCAUGGUGCAGCCGAUUGUGAAAGACUGCAAAGAGGCUGACUUAGCUUUGUAUAAUGAAUUCAGAUCCUGGAAGGAUGAUCCUACUAUGGACAGGACGUGCCCUUUCCUAGACAAGAUCUACCAGGAAGAUAUCUUUCCAUGUUUAACCUUCUCAAAAAGUGAGUUGGCAUCCGCUGUCCUGGAGGCUGUGGAAAACAACACGUUAAGCAUUGAACCAGUUGGCCUGCAACCUGUUCGAUUCGUGAAAGCUUCUGCAGUUGAAUGUGGAGGACCAAAGAAAUGCGCUCUUAGUGGACAAAGUAAAACAUGCAAGCACAGAAUCAAGUUGGGAGACUCGAGCAAUUAUUACUACGUGUCUCCUUUUUGUAGAUACAGGAUCACAUCUGUAUGUAACUUCUUUACAUACAUUCGUUACAUUCAGCAGGGGCUUGUCAAGCAACAAGAUGUGGAUCAGAUGUUUUGGGAGGUUAUGCAGCUGAGGAAAGAGAUGUCACUGGCAAAACUGGGAUACUUCAAAGAGGAGCUGUAAUGUGGAGGC